AUGGGAGGUAUUGGUUUAAAACAAAAUGAGCUUGAGUUGUCGCUGUCAUCAGGGGCGCUAUGCAUGCUAGUCCCUUCUUCAUUCAAUAUUACAGAUUCUAAAUCAACACACCGAGUCCUCGAAAGACCUAUGCGCAGGGUCAAUCCCUCCUGGGUCAAUAUUCACGGUCAGUAUCCGUCAAACACCAUAGUGCCAAAAUGGACCGCUAUCGAGUCUACUAUUAAGUAUAUAGACCAAGAGCGUGAUUCCAGACAUCCAUCACCUUAUCAGUAUUCCUUGGUGACGGUUCCACGGGACUUUCGGGUGCGCGCCAUCCUAGAGUACACGAAGCCAAAAUCAUUUCUUACACAAGUUUUGGACAAAUUAUGCAAACGUCCACGUGAAGCGGGGAUUGCUGCUUUAUACCUUUCCUGCGGUUACAGCAUCAUUAAAGCUCUCGCUGCUAUUGUUCAGAUUCUCUACGGUUCAUACGAGCUCUACAAACUCAGUGAUGACCAGAUCAAACGACGCGGAUACGCUGCAUAUCAAUUUACAGUCAUCCCCUACGUCUGCAUGUCGUUGACCAACUUGAUCGUGAGUUGUAUCAAGCCAAGUUACCCCUCAGUCUACAUUGUCCACUAUCGAGGAAUUGUCGAUCCAAGAAUGAUAGACAGGAGAAAGAAACGCGAGGCUGAUUUUUCCAACCGUCUAUCAACACAGAAGCCUCAGGGUGUGCGCCCAGCUGUAGCUGUGGCUGUGGAUCCACUUGGUAUAUCGCAGAUAGUUUAA